AUGAAUGUCGAAGAAAUAACCACAAAUAAUAAUUUAGAUGCCAUGUUGUUCUUUUCACCAGAAAAUCGCUUUUGGCUGACGGACUUUCAAUCUAGUUUGGGAUUUUUGUUUGUUACUAAGUUAGAAAAGUAUCUUUUUGUGGACGGUCGUUAUAUUACCGAUGCUCAAAAAAGUAUAGAGGAUAAAAAAAUACAAGUUAAUUUGUGGAAAAACUGGGCGGAUAUAAAAAAGUUCUUGCAGGAAAAAAAUAUUCAACGGCUCGGGUUUGAAAAAGAAUAUAUAACGGUAGCUCAAUUAGAAAAAUGGCAAACAGAAAUCUCCAAAGUUGAUUGGGUGGGAGUAGAAACCAGCAAAGCAAGAAUGGUGAAAAAUGAAAAGGAAAUAGCAAGAAUAAGACAAGCAGCCGAAAUUACCGACCAAGUUUAUCAAAAAGUUUUAAAAACAAUUAGACCUGGAAUGAGUGAAAAAGAUUUGGCUAAAUUAAUACUUGCUUCUUUUGAGGAAAUAGGAGCUGAGGGGCUUUCUUUUGAUACCAUCGUUGUUUCUGGUAAAAACGGUGCUUUACCCCAUGGUCAGCCUAGUAAUAAAAUUAUCAAUGAGGGCGAAUUAAUUACGGCCGAUUUUGGUUGUAAAUAUCAUGGAUAUUGUUCAGAUUUUACUCGCACCUUCGCCAUUAGUGGCAAAGAAGUUAAUCCUAAAUUAAAAGACAUUUAUCAAGUAGUCAAAGAGGCCCAAUGGCAAGGUAUUCAAGCAGUAAAAGCUGGUAUUGAAUGUAGUAAAAUCGACCAAGUUGUUCGGGAUUAUAUUCAGAAAAAAGGUUAUGGCGAGUAUUUUGCUCAUUCCACUGGUCAUGGUCUAGGUAUUGAAGUUCACGAAGCUCCUUCUAUCUCGGUAAGAGACGAUACUGUAUUGCAACCCGGUAUGGUUAUUACUAUUGAACCCGGUAUUUAUAUUCCCGAGUUAGGAGGAGUAAGGAUUGAAGAUGACGUUUUGGUUACAAAAAAUGGCUAUGAAUUACUUACUAAAUCGCCUCGCGAAUUAAUUUUUGUGGACAAGGUGAUUGCUAUGCGGGUAAGUAAGAAAGGACUAGACGAAAAAGUAUUAAAACAAGCCGAUUGCCGCCAUUGUCAGCCUUGGAAAUUUCCCAAUGAUAAUGGCACGGAUUGUAGCAAGCAGUAUAAAUUAAUAAUUGGACGUCAUGUCCCAGUUAAAUCACCCCACUCCUUACCCGGAGCAGUUAAAGAAGCCUGGGGUUAUGGAGCCAAUGCACUAAUGAUUUACUUAGGAGCACCCCAAAAUAGUCGCCGUCGACCCUUAGCAGAAUUAAAAAUUGACGGAUUUAAAACAGUUUUGGAUGAGAAAGGUAUAGACAUCAAUAAUGUGGUGGUUCAUGGCCCUUAUGUGGUGAAUUUAGCUAAUACCUCCAAAGUUGCUCGAAUGGAAGAGAUAGGCCUAAAAACUUUCGUUCUUCACCCGGGCAGCGCAGUCAAUACUCCGACCGAGGAGGCUCUAACCCAAGUAGUUAAAGGAAUUAACCUGGUGCUGGAAAAAAGCUCCACCGUCCGGAUUGCCUUGGAAACCAUGUGCGGUCGCGGCAGUGAGGUAGGAAUAAAUUUUGAACAAUUGAAAUACAUAAUAGACCGAGUGGAACAAAAAGAGCGAAUAGGCGUCUGCUGA